GUGAUGUGUUGUUCAUUUGGCAAGAUGUCGGGCCACGAUCAGCUGGUGCACUGUCUGUGUGAAUUAACAAGGUUGCUGUGGAAGCUGCUGCUUCCCCUGGUGUUUCUGGUGGUGCUGCUGAUCGCUGUUCUGGUCCUGUUGGUGCUUGCGGUGCGUUUCUGGCUCCAGAGCAGCAAGAAUGCUCGGCGGGCGAGGGAUGGACGUCCCACCGUGGCCUUCUUCCACCCUUACUGCAACGCUGGCGGUGGGGGAGAGAGGGUGCUUUGGUGUGCCAUUCGGGCGCUGCAGAGCAGGUACGUGGACAUCAACUUUGUGGUGUACACGGGGGACCUUGGUGUCACGGGUCAGCAGAUCCUGGAAGGGGCGAGACGGCGAUUCAACAUCGUGCUCCCCCGCCCGGUGCAGUUUGUGUUCCUGAGGCACCGGCUGCUGGUGGAGCCCGGCUUGUUCCCUCACUUCACGCUGCUGGGACAGAGCGUGGGCUCCAUCUUCCUGGGAUGGGAGGCGCUGACGGAGUUCGUUCCGGACCUUUACAUCGACUCCAUGGGCUUUGCCUUCACUCUGCCUCUGUUCCGCUACCUGGGGGGCUGCAGUGUGGGGAGCUACGUUCACUACCCCACCAUCAGCACCGACAUGCUGUCUGUGGUGAGAGAGAGGAACCCCAGGUUCAACAACGCUGACUACGUCUCCAACAGUCUGUUCCUGAGUGCCUUCAAGGUGGUAUACUACUGCCUGCUCGCCCUGCUCUACGGCAUGGCGGGCUCCUGCAGCGACCUUGUCAUGGUCAACUCUUCCUGGACCCUGGACCACAUCCUGUCUCUGUGGCGUGCCCCAAACCGCACCAGCGUGGUUUACCCACCCUGCGAUGUCAGCGCCUUCUUGGACGUCCCGCUGGAGGAGGACGGGGACAGGAAGUGCCACUCCAUCGUCUCCAUCGGGCAGUUCAGGCCGGAGAAGGACCACCGGCUGCAGAUCAGAGCCUUCAAGAAGGUGCUGGACAGGGGGAGGGCGGGGCCGCUGAAGCUGGUUCUGAUCGGAGGGUGCAGGAACCAGGAGGAUGAGGACCGGGUGCUCAUGUUGAGGGGCCUCUGCCAGGAGCUGGGUGUGGCCGACAGGGUGGAGUUUAAACUGAACGUCUCCUUCGAGGAGCUGAAGAGAGAGCUGGGGGACGCCACCAUCGGACUGCAUACCAUGUGGAACGAACACUUUGGAAUCGGCAUUGUGGAGUGUAUGGCAGCAGGGAAGAUCAUUCUGGCGCACAAGUCCGGCGGUCCCAAGAUGGACAUCGUGGUUCCUUUUGAGGGGGGCCAGACGGGCUUCCUGGCGGACGACGAGGACAGUUACGCGGAGGCCGUGGAGAGGAUCCUGGCGCUGUCGCCCGGCGGUCGGCUGCUCAUCAGACGCAACGCCCGUCAGUCUGUAGCGCGCUUCUCAGAUCAGGAGUUCGAAGCCUGCUUCCUCGCUGCCAUGGAGCCUCUGAUGGGAUCACUUGAACGAUGAGGAAAGGACUCUUUGUGUGCAUGUACAGUUUACGUUAUACUGACACUUGAGCACCUUUACUUUGAUGCACUUAGGGCCGCUUUCACGCUGUUGGACUGGAGACCCAUCUCUCUCAGAGGGCUGCUCGAGUUGCUGUUAUGUUCUUUUGACUGAAAUGAAUAAAGACAGUUUCCAAUCAUUCCUUUAAAUGCCUGAGUGCAGUUCAGAGGCACGUCCCUAUACCAGUCAAGUAAAAUAUGUCUUUGCCUCGUCGUCGGGUAGAAUCCAGAUAUAGAAAAAUGUGUAGUUCUCUUGUAACAAGUUGUGUUUGUAAAUAAUUGACCCUGUUAAAUGACAUUGCAUUUUACAGGACGCUAUACGAUGGGUAAAUGGGAACAAAUGAGUGUAUUAGAUGGCUGUAAAAUGUGCUGAUAAAUGUUGAGGGUCUAAAUAGAAACAUAUUUAUUGUUGACAAGCACUAGAAUUCUCUUCAUGCUCUUAAUGUGAAGUAUUUUUGAUAUUGACCAUGAAUGUAAUAAAGAUAUUAUGGGAAUAA